GAGUGUUGUGUCAGGUAGAGGAACUCCUACAGGAGUGGGUUCGCGGUCGGUUCAGAUGGCAGAAAGAGGUCCGUAGAAGAAGGUUCGGGUGUAGAGAGGUUCGGUUCCGGUCUCAAUCCAACUUCCGGGGUUUGAACAUCUGACAGCAGCAGGAGAAAGUUUGCUUCUUUUCUAAGACCUGCCAUUCCCCAUGUUCAGGUAAGGUUAAGACUUCUGUGUCCACCAUGCGAAGGCGUCUGGACAAAAUCCGCUUCCGAGGCCAGAGGCGGGACGAAUUUCUGGAUGUGACAGAGUCGCCCAUCAACUCUGACACAGAGAGCUGUGAAGAUCUGACCCUGAAACAUCAGAUAUUAUCCAGAGAGCCAGAGGAAGCAGAGGGCGAGCAGCAAGCGGAGGUCCAGGUUGGCCGAGGAUCGUCUUCAGCUGCUCCUCCAGAUGAUACAAAGACAGAUUUAAAUGAGAUCAAAGGACACCUUGAAAUCGCUUUGUUAGAGAAACUUUUUUUACAAGAGGAGCUGAGGAAACUAAAAGAAGAAAGUAAUGUAGAUGCACUGAGGCAGGAGCUAGAGAAAGAGCGCAGCCGACGCAUGGAGCUGGAGCAGAAGACCGCUGAAGCUCUCAGAGAGGGGAGCUCUCCAUCCCAGUCACCUAAAUCCCCCUCCCGGCAUCCAUUUGCAGACAGCAGUGCAGAUAAGCAGAUAGUAAACCUAUCAACCAGCAUCCUGAAAUUUCUCUACGAUCGUUUCGGCAUAACCAUCGAAGACUUUCGUCUCCAGCCAGAGGAGACGACAGUGGAGCCAGAGGAGCCACUGAGUGCCAGGAGACUGACUGAAAACAUGAGACGGCUAAAAAGAGGAUUCAGACCCCUGACCAACUUCAAAAGAAACCUCUCAGCCUUAUCCUGCUGGCAGUCCAUCUACACUUCAGCCAUUGCCUUCGUUGUCUACAUGCAUGCAGUGUGGCGUGGCUGGACCAUCCCAAUGCUCCUGUUUCUGGCUAUCCUGCGCCUCACUCUGAAUUAUCUUAUUUCCAGAGGCUGGAGGAUCCAGUGGAACAUCGUACCUGGAGUCUCUGAGCCAGAGGAGCCUCCAAAGGAAGAUCGGACUAUGUCUGAGAAGUUCCAGCUGGUUCUGGAUGUUGCUCAGAAAGCUCAGAAUUUGUUUGGAAAGAUGGCCAACAUCCUGGAGAAAUUGAAAAAUCUGUUCAUGUGGGUCCAGCCAGAGUUGACUCGGAAGCUCUACGUUGGUCUGUGGGUGGCUUUCGUCUCCUCGUGCCUGCUGCCAUAUCCGCUGCUGGGAUUCAUCAUGGGUGUGUAUGCAGGUAUCAAGUUCUUCAUCAUCGACUUCAUCUUCAGGAGCUGUCCAAAGCUGAGGCAGCGCUUUGACACCGUGUACAUCAUAUGGACCAAUUUACCAACAGAUCUUCAGGUGAAGGAGCGCAGCAACCCCACAGUGAGCCGACGGGCUCUGCGAUCGACUGUCUCUGGAGGAGCUUCUCAGGGUGUCGGUCGGGACGAGGAAGGAGGACGAUCUAACAGCUCCAAGAAACAACCUUUUCAUGAAGUUUUUAACUUACCAGAGAGUGAGCGGCCUCUGGCAGUGUGUGAGAACGGCUGGCGCUGCUACCUCAUCAACAGAGACAGAAAGUCGCCAACGGACUACAUUCGCCAUGGCGUCCUUUACCUCACAGAGAGUCAUCUGUGUUUCGAGGGCUCCAGUUCUAGAUCUGGAUCCUCUAAGAGAAACAAAGUCAUCAAACUAAAAGAAAUCACUGAUGUCCAGAAAUACAAAGUGCUGUCGGUGCUUCCUGGGUCAGGGAUGGGCAUCUCCGUGGCAACUCCAUCCACCCUCAAGCCUAUGGUCUUUGGUGCAAUGAUUCACAGAGACGAGGCCUUUGAGGCCAUUUUCUCUCAGUACACGAAGAUUGCUUCUCAGGAUGCAGCUGUCAGCACAGAGACAUAGGCUGUAACUCACUGCAGUGAUAUUGUUUCAGAUGGGACUGUUGUCAGGCAAAAGCCAGAGAAUGAUUUAAGAUUGUAUUUUGGUCAAUAUACUCUGGCAGAGUGCUUCUCAUUCUUAGUUGUUAUUCAAAAAUCACUGGAAUCUUGUUUUACCAAACUUUGUGCUUAUAUUUUAACCAAGUGCUCAUCAACAUGUUUGUAUCAUGAAUUACUUUUGAGUUUUAGUGACACUUUCUUCUUUUUCUUAACCUUUAUUUAACCAGGGUGGAUCCCAUUGAGAUUUAAAACCUCUUUUUCAAGGGAGCCCUGGGGAGGAAUCAAUACAACAAUAAAAUACAACAUUUGUUAAGCAAAUAAAACAGAAUUACAAUGAAGGUUAAAAUUUCAUACAAAUUAAUUAGCUAAAACAUGUACAAUUUAAAGAAGCAGUCUCAAGUGCUCUUAAUCUAGAUUUAAAAGCAUUUAUGGAGAUAAGUUCUCUCAGUUGCAAGUCCUUUUGAAGCAAAUUCCAUGAGGACGGAGCAGAUGAGAAAAAAGCCUUUUUCCCAUAUUUAACCAUAAGUGGGGACUAUUGUUGAUCAUCUUAAGACAUCUUAAGACUUUUCUUAUUUUGAAGCUUCACCAAAUGCCUUAUUUAUACAACACAUAAGGGUGAAGUAGGUAAGACACAGGCAUGUAGUCCUUGCACAGCCUGACUAUUAAGGUGCAUUCACAUCAAACGCAAUUCGUGUACUAUUGACUUAAUGCUAAGUCAAUAGUAUGGACACGAAUCGAGGCAAUCGGAAGUCCUGCGGUGUGAUUUGGAGGACUGGCAGCAGCCAAAAUUUAAAUAUCUGACGUUUGACAGGGCGCUGGAUCUUAUCUAACAAUCAGGAACUCAGCUUUGGGCAUGUGAUGCUUUCAGUGAAUCAAGCAGGGCGUAGAAUAUUAAUCAAUGUGAGCGUUGUCGUCCUGAACUUCCAUCUAAUUCCUCAACUCACUGGGGCCAUGGAGUUACCAGGGUGGGUGAAGAAGGGAUGCACCCCAGACCGAUCACUAGCCUACCGCAGCGGCUCUCUGGUUGCAGUCACCCAGCCUCCUUUGCUCGCUAGAUAGAUACCCCAGCAGACAGACAGCCCCUGCGGGGUUCGGGCCAGCCUGCUCGGGCUUCCUGAACUUUAUGACAUUUUUCUUAUUUUCAUUGGAACAAUAAUACCCCCCCCCCCUGUCCCUGUCAUGUGUGUGUGAAGAAGAUUCUGAGAUGUUUGGAUCCAUGAGCAGUUUAAUGAGCAAGGGAAAGACAUGAACGUAGUCAGAAUCCAGGCAAGGGUCGAACACAAAAAGCAAGGAUCAGACAAAGAAGGUACGCUCAGACUGUUAGAAAACUGGACAAGACUUCGCACUGAGCAUCGGUUGGAGAGUGAAAUAUAUACAGAGGGGUUGAUGAGAGACAGCUGAGGAAGGCUAGCACCAGAGAGUGAUGGAUCAUGGGAGAUGUAGCAGAGGAAGGGAGCAGAGAUUGGCAGUACUGUGGCGAGAGCUCUCUCUGGUGGUUGGAGGUAGAGAUGGAUGGUUGAACACUAACAGCGGGACAGCCUUAAGUUCAAACUCAGUCACAGAGUCACAGAAACACCCCAGAAGCGGCCGUCAUUCAGACACAGUCCCCGGUGUGAGAUAGAAGCCCCCAGUGCCAGUGAAAUCUUUGAUUUGAAUAAUCUCAAAAACCAGACAGGUGUGUGAUUACCAAUGUUUUUAUAGAACUAUUCACAAUAACCCUCUCAGCUUUUAUACAUUGUAAGUGACAUAUACACAGACACCGCUCCAUGUCAGCCUUAAAACAUUGGCUGGUAGCUCCUCCCACAUGCAGCCUCAGCGUCAAACUCAGGAACACAUUUUUUGACAUGUGAUGAGCAGCGACUUUGCUGCGAAAGAGGGGCGUAUAUGCAAAUUUGUCACACGAAUCAUGUUCAGUGUGAAUGCACCUUAAGAAAUGAGGAAAUUAGACAAUCAGAGUGUAGUUUGUGUGGACGUCCAAAAGGUAUCCUGUGAGCUCUUACACGUGCACACCCCAUGUGUGCAGCGUCUGCCAGUGCACUUUACUAAUGACUGACUGUUUUGCUGCAUAAGGACACUGGACGACAUUGACACUUGUACAGCAGAACCUACAUUCUCCUCACAGACACUUCACACACAUGACAAUGGUACGUUCCAUUUUCAUCACCUCCUCUAAGGUGGUCAUACGAGUCUCAAAGGAACUGUAAGACCCGCCUGCCCUUCUUUUUGGUUACUGCCACUCCUCUCUAACCUCUACGGUCCCGGACAAUCCAAAAGCCCAUACAGGUCAACCCCCCAAAUGGGUGCAUGUGACAACAGCAAACGUUACUGUUCUAUAUUCUUGACUCAGAAUACUGAUUACAUGUUUUUUUGUACGUUUUUUGUAUCUAAAGCUGCAUUAUAUUUGAUAUUUGAGAGUGUCUCUGCUUACCUGGAACAAGCUCUGUUCAUUAAUAUAUUAUGUUUUUUAGAUUACAGAAGUGAGGAAAAGGUGUUUUCUGGUGUGCAGCUGCUCUGUGUGCACACGGCUGUAGACUAACGCUGAAUGUUUGCAGUCUUCCUAGUUUACAAAGUGACAUUUUUAACAAAACGAGAAGCACAAUGAAGUUUUAAUCUGCUUCAAAUGGAAAGUUUGUUUUUAAAAAAUGUAUUAGACAUAUCUCUAUAAAAAUUAUGGUUUAUUUGUUUUAGAUUGUUUGAUAACAGUGAUGCUUUUGAAACCUGGCAGCGUUUUUACCUGUUCACCUGCACAGCAAAAAAAGAAGAUGAGAUACCACGGAGUAAAGUUGCAUAUUUUUGAGUAACUGCCUUUUUUGUCUUAACAGUUAUUAUAUUUGCCACGAUUUAGAAAUUCUAAUUGAUAGGAACAUUUUAAAGAACUAUUUAGACAAGUGUUUAUAAAAAGCUCAACUAUAUUCUAAUCUCUUUAUAAUGAAUAAUCUGCUGUUGUUUAUUGCCAAACAUUUUUUCCUCAAGGUUUGUGAUUUAAUUUAGGUUUAAGUAUUAUUUUUGUUGUAACUUUCGUAAAGACGAUGCUGCUCUAAUGCCUUUUGGAUCUUUGCUGCUUAUUUUUUAAAUUUAUUUUCCUUGUUAACAUUGUCUUCAAAUCUUUCUAGUCCAAAAAUCAUCGUCAUGUCUGCAGUUGUUCUGACAUGUUUGACAUCUCUUCAUUUCUUUAUUUUUCUGGAAUGUUUUGCAACUGUAGAAAUAUAUAUACACUAGAAAAGUAACCUCAAAGGUCCCUGAUAUACGGUGGCCAUGAAGUGCAAAUCAACAAAUCAUUCAACGCAACCACAAUUAAAAAGGCAAAACAAAUCAAGCAAAAACAUUACAUUUUAGAAAUCAAAGCAAAAUUCCAGAAAACCAAAUCAUAAAAAAAUAAACAGAAGUAAUUUCCAAAAAUAAAAAUGAAACCAAAUAAUGAACUAGUAAAGAUAGAAUUUAUGGGACAUCACUGAUUGGAUGAUGACAUUUGAGUUUUAAAGAAUUAACCAAAUGGAAAAUCAAAAGAUAGGAAGAUCCUAAAAACAUUUUUUAAAAUGACUGAAAAAUUAGAAAUUUGAGAACAAAAAAAAAGAACCUAAUGAUGCUGGAGACUUUGGUCCACCAUUCCUGAGACAUGUGAGACUUUACCCAGGGACCCAUCACACUCAGAAAAAUGUAACAUAUUGAAACUUAUGUAAAUACUUCAGCUUGGGUGAAAAUCACCCGGUGACAGUGCUCUAUGGUUAAAGACCAUCAGGAACAUUGACAAUAGAUCUAAAGAUGAUCAGAGUACUUUAAAGAAUGAUCUUCUAUAAGAAGAUAAUGCUGUGUAAAAUAACUUCUGGUUGAAAAGUGAAGAAACAUGAUCAUCCAGUCAAUGAUAUCCCAUAAUACCUACCUUUUUCUGAUUCUUCAUUUUGUGUCAUUCAAUAUUUUUCCUUUUGAUUCUUUUUUAUUUUGCUCCUAUUUUGUGAAAUUGUUCUUUUUGUUUGUUUGUUUUAUAUUUCUAAAAUGUAAUUUCAUUUUAUAUCUUUUUUUUCCUUUUUAAUUGUGAUUGUUAUCCUUAAUGUGCUUUUGCAUCAAGAGAUUUGUUGGUGGCUUUGCACUUCAGGGCCACCUCAAUCAUAAGGUUCUGCAUGGUAAAAUUUAAUCCAAAAUUAUGGUUAAAUAGAUCUCCCAAAAUUUAUAAAAUCAGAAUUUGGGCAAGAAAAAAAUAAAGUAAAAGUGUCUUUUUGGUGAACUAAUGCUUGAUUCAAUUAAGACUUUCAAUUCAAUUUAAUUCAGUUUUAUUUAUAUACAAUUACAGCUGUCUCAACAGGUUUCACACACUAAUUGUCUUGACAUUGAAGACUAAACAUUUAGAGACUAUUUAUUUUUGUUGUAAAAUCUAACUUUUUUUGCAUGGAAGUGAAUGGAAAAUUGUUUUUUGUAAAACCAGCUUCCAGGUUUUUUAGGAACUGCAGGACGUGGCUCUUCCUGGCUUUCAUAAGUUGUGGAACUGAAGAUGGGGGGCUUGGUCAUCUCCUCAGAACCAGCUCCCCCGGUCGUUGUGGACUUGACAUGUUUUCCAGUGCUUCCUUUUACAAUUCACACAGCCAAGCCCAGAAUCAUCCAUUUUCUGUUUGAAUGGAAAAUAAUUCCGUUUUUACAAUACAACACCUUGUGAAUCGUUUCACUGUCUGUGUCAUUUCCAUUUUGGGCUUAAAAUGUUCAGUUGAUCUGAAAUGGUACAGAUGAGCACACGGGGUAACAGGAGGAUCGGGGAUCUCUGCCUUUGCCAGAUGCUGGAUGAGCUUCACUCCAACUUUCAUGACGGCAUGAAUGAGAUAAAGAAGUUACUAUCUGUAUUAUCUGUACUAUCUACACGGUGACCUUUGUAAGAAAGGAAAUCACCAAUGAUUUCUAAUAUAACUUUAAACUAACACAUUUAAAACAAAUGUAUCAAAUCAAUGUGUGAUUUGUUUUGCCGUAUACAAGUAAGACGGCCCAGAUCAUAACAAAGCUUCAGUUUGGUUUGUCAUGGAAAUUAUACAUUCACUUAUGUUUCAUCCUCUGAGUCUUGUUUUCUUAUUGUUAGAAGAACAUGACCACAGUGUGAAAACAUUUUGAUUUCAUUAGAACAUCUUGUUCAUAUUAGAUAUGGCAUUUCCAUUUCCAUCUUAAGCUCCUGAUUAACAGCUGAUUGUAUGACUGUAUAAAAUGUGAGCGUCCUUCAUCACAGAUCAGAGCUCUGCAGACCUCUCCGCCAUGCUCGCCAGCGUGUACUUUUCUCUGCUCUGUUUAAUAAACUUUCAUGAAAACGUUUGACAUUUCUUCAUUUCAUCGGAUCAAAAAAUAUUCCACCACAGGUUAACUGUUCUACCUUAUUUA